AUGAAUCAACUUUUUGUACAGACAGAGAAGAUAGCAGACCCUCGAGAAGGAAAGCUCCAGGUUAUAUCAAACAUAGAUGUGUGCAUGAAGAUGGCUGAAUUCCUGGAGAGCACUCUAGGACCUUACGGAAUGGACAAGCUAUUUGCUGGAAAGGAAAUAGUGGUAACUAACGAUGGGGCAACUAUACUCAAGCACAUGAAAGUUAAUCAUCCUGUGGGAAAACUUCUGGUGGCGCUGUCUGAGUCCCAAGACAAUGAAGUUGGAGACGGAACAACCAGUGUGAUAAUUCUAACCACGGAAAUAUUAAGUUGCUUGAAGCCGUUGAUUAAGGACAAUUUUGAUCUUGAAUCCAUCAGAGAAUGCCUUAGUGAGCUCCGGAUGGUGUGUAUCGAACAUCUAGAAAAGAUGAGCAUGGAUCUGAAUGAUGAAAUGCUCUACAAGCUGGCUGAGACGUGUGUUACCUCCAAGAACAUAAGGCAUGAAAAGAAGCAUUUUUCUCAAAUGGUUGUUGAUGCAAUAAGACAGGCAAGUAUAGAUGAUGUAGACUCGAUUGGAGUGAAGAAAGUGCAGGGAGGAAGUAUUGGGGAUUCGACUGUUGUAAACGGGGUUGCAUUUGAGAAGUGCUUUACUUAUGCAGGAUAUGAGCAGCAGCCGAAGAAGAUCUUAAAUCCAAAAAUCCUCUGCUUGAAUGUGGAGCUCGAGUGGAAGAGCGAGAGGGACAAUGCCGAGAUAAGGGUUGGGGGAGUCGAAGAGUAUCAGAAAGUUGUUGAUGCAGAGUGGGAAAUAAUCCGUAGGAAGCUGGAUGAGAUAAUAGACAGCGGGGCAAAAGUGGUUCUAAGUUCAUUAUCGAUAGGAGACUACGCCACACAGUACUUUGCAAAGCAUGGGAUAUUCUGUGCAGGAAGAGUUUCCAAGGAAGAUCUUAAUAGGGUGAUUGGGUCGUGCGGAGGAAGGAUCCUGGGAUCGACAGACUAUCUAGAGGAAAGCUUGGGGUCGUGCGGACUCUUUGAAGAGAGACAGUUGGGAAAGUUCAGAUACAAUUACUUUGAGGGAGGAGGAAUGAAUGCAUGCACGAUGAUACUCAGGGGACCUGGCCAGGAAGUUCUCGAAGAGAUUGGAAGAGCAGUACAUGAUGCAAUGUGUGUUGUUAGAAGUGCCCUGAAGACAGGAAAAGUGGUCACAGGAGGAGGAUCCAUGGAGAUGGAGUUGUCCAAAGUGAUUCGAGAGAAGUCGAUGGAAUACGGUAAUAAGAAGGUGUUUGUUGCAAAGGCCAUAGGCCAGGCAUUUGAAAAAAUUCCUCUUCUUCUAGCCAGGAACUUUGGGUUUGAUACAAUAAGCACAAUUCAGGACCUCCGAAAAAGACAUGCUAGCGGAAGUCUCUAUGAAGGAGUCAGUAUCAAAGGGGUUCAAGAUAUGAAGGCCCUUGGGAUAUAUGAGGCCCUUGAGGUCAAGAAGAACAUGAUCAAAGCAUCCUUCAAUGGUGUAGCCUCUAUCAUUAUGAUUGACUCGACCAUCAUGGCCGAGAAGAGCCAAUAA